AUGGAAGACUUCAACAACCCUAUCAAAGAUAAUAUGAUUGUAUCCUGGCCUGACCUUGAAGCUUGCUGGCAUCAUAUCCUCUUCAAAGAGCUCGGUCUCAAGAAGUCACGCAACGAAAGCCCUGUUCUACUUACCGUACCCGUUUGCUGGACUAAAGAAGAACAUGAACGUAUCACUCAAAUAUUCUUUGAGAACUUUAAUGUACCCGGUCUUUAUAUUGCACCCCAACCCCUCCUUGCUUUAUAUGGUUGUGGAUCUGUCUCUGGUUCAAUUAUUGAUAUUGGACAUGAGACAACAGAUAUCAAUGUGGGUGUGGAUAGUAUUCUACAGAUUCAGUCUAGUCUCAGUCUGCCAAUUGGAGGAAAACAUUUCGAUCAAUAUCUGUUAGAGCUUCUUCAGCAAGACACAAAUCUUGUACAGCAAGCCAAAAAUGCCUCUGUUCCAUUGGAUAUUAAGUUUGCACGGUUUAUAAGGGAACAACCUGGUGCAUGCCAUGUAUUAUCUGGUCACGUAAAACCAGAAGACAAAACUACAGGGACACCUAGUGUGCUUGAUAUGGUAGCUACACCAGCUGUGGAGGAAUUUACAGAUGGCGAGGUCGCCGUUACAGAAGAUGAAGUAGUCCCUGAAGUUACAGAGAACUUGACAGUCGAAUACAAAGGUCACAAGUUCACUAUUGGCGAGUACCGACAUAAAGUAUGCGACCCUUUGUUUUCUCCAGAAUUGGUUGGAUUGGACAUUUUGCCUUUGUCAGAGGCCACUCGCUUGGCCAUUAUGAACUGCGAGACUCCUGAAAUCAGACCCAAGUUGUGGGAGAACAUUGUAGUGACAGGUGGCUGUAGUCUUUUGUACCAGCUGCAAAAUCGGUUAAAAAAGGAAGUACAACUCUCGUUGCCCUAUUCAGACAACGCUGGAGAUUCACAACCGCGACUUGUCAGCUUUUUACGGAUACCAGAAUAUUUUACUAUCCUUAGAGAGAAGCAAUAUCAAUGUUACGCGACAUGGCUCGGAGGUGAAAUUGUUGCAAAGCUUGUUUUUAUUGACGCGAAGAAUUAUGUCAGCAAAGUGGAUUAUAAUGAAUCAGGACCAUCGAUUGUGCACACCAAGAGUUAUUAA